AUGUCUCGUAUCCAGGGUCUCUACGAACCGUUUAUUCUUUUCAACAUGGGCAUCUCUUCGUGGACCACGUUUCUUCUUUCAUCCACAUUCUUUCUCCAAGCCCUUGCCGCGCCUGCCAAUGCCGGCCCAACGGUUACGAUCGCCUCCGGUGUCGUGAUUGGCACCACGGCCCAACCCGCAUCAGCAACCGGAACCGCCAAUGCCUACAUGGGAAUCCCAUUCGCCAAGUCUCCCCCAGAACGGUUCUCUCCUCCCCAGGCCGCGGAUGCAUGGUCUUCUCCACUGUCGGCUCAAGCUUUCAAGCCAGCAUGUAUCCAACAAUUCGCCGAGAAGGGCAAUGCCCAAACGUUGCAGAAGGCCUAUUUCGGAAACCCAGCUGGGUCUCUUACCGAUGAGAGUGAGGACUGCUUGUACCUCAACGUCUUCACUCCUACGGGUACAACAUCUACCAGCAAGAAGGCUGUUAUGUUUUGGCUGUUUCCCGGUAACCUUCAGUUUGGCACUGCUAGUCUGCCCAUCUACGACGGUAGCUCGCUUGCUGUCUCUCAAGAUGUUGUAGUGGUCACGAUCAACUACCGCACCAACAUCUUUGGCUUCUCCAACUCUCCUGAGAUUGCCACUGGAUCUCAGAACUCGGGUUACCUUGACCAGCGUUUCGCUCUUCAAUGGGUGCAGAGCAACAUCGCUCAGUUCGGCGGCGACCCUUCACGCGUCACCAUCUUUGGAGAGUCUGCUGGUGGUGAAUCUGUGAAGCAGCUCCUCGCCAACCCACCCAGCCCUCUUCCCUUCUCGGCUGCCAUCAUGGAGUCACAGCAGUCCCUCCUUGUGGGUUCCGGCUCCGACAGUUACUCCAAGGUCCUGAAGAACUUCAACUGCGCCGACAUCAAGUGCCUUCGUCAGGUCUCGGCCACAGAUAUCAAGGCAUACAUUGAAGCCCAGUCCCUCGUUUUCCCUCCCGUCAACGGUGAUGGUACAUCCAUCAACGACGUCCGCAACAGCAUCUCUUCCAAGAAAUGGCCCAAGAUCCCCGUCAUCAUGGGUACCACCCUCAACGAGGCCCGCGUCUUCCUCGCUAUGGAGGGCUUGAAUGACGGAGCCUCUGCCAUGAGUUCGGUGCUCUCCCAGAUCGGUAUCACUUCUGCUAUCACAAAGGCCGCCAUUACGACCUCCUACGCCGCAAAGGCUAUCAACGAUCCCUACGUUCUCGCCGACAGAAUCAUGACCGAUGCUAUCUUCACUUGCACAACAUCUACCUUGGCAAGCUACCUCGCCAUCAACGGCUACACUGCCUACCGCUACCGCUACGAUCCGGUCUUCGCGUCUACCAGCAUCUUCGCCAACCCAGGCUCCUACCACACUAGCGAGAUCCCCUCCGUCUUUGGCACAUACCCCGCCUACAGCAAGUGGGGUUCAGCGACUGCGCAACAGACGAAGCUCAGUUCCUAUAUGCAGGGCGUCUGGGGCGGCUUCGCCAAGAACCCCAACGGCGGUGUCGGAUGGCCCAAGAUCGGAAGCGCUCUUGGCUUUGAGUUGGGACUCUUAGGCUCUGGUUCGUCGAGUGGUGUGACGGUGUCGGCAACCCUUGCGGCGGAUUACGCCUGCGCUAUAUACGCGCCGUUUACGGAAGCCGCCGGUUUUUCUUACUGA